AAUUAUGUCUUUUACUAGUAAUUUUUAGCAAUUUCAAUAACCUAAACUAUUUUUCGAGGAUAGCAUUAAAUUAGUCUCUAUCCGUCUUAUCUUGACUCUCAUAAAAUGACAAUUUGAUCUCUUAACUGGUUGAGUCUUCCUCCCUCUGUAGUAUAUAAACCAAGAUCUCCCACAAAAUAUCUUAUACAUCUAAGUCUCCUACGACUUGAGAGAUACUAUUAAAUAUGUCUACUAUAACCUCGUAUGUGGAGCCUAGGUAUAAGUCAUUGGAGUCGACGGCAACAUGUGCGGUCACCAUAGUUUGCUUCGCGUUGGUUGCGAUCUCCAUCCGCAUUGAACACCUCAUUCAUCCCGCUGAAUUGUGGUUAAAGAAAAUGAGAAGUUUACUGAUAUGUGAAGCUCUAGAGAAGAUCAAAGCAGAGCUUAUGUUGCUUGGGUUCAUAUCGUUACUACUGACAAUGACACAAGACAAACUUUCUUAUAUUUGUGUCCCAAAGAGUGUUGCAAAUUCUUGGCAUCCUUGUAGGAAGACACAUAAGAGAAAAUUUUACUAUGAUCCAUGUCGCGCUAAGGGUAAUGAACAACUCGUUUCAAAAGAUGGUGUCCACGAGCUCCGUAUCCUCAUUUUUGUACUCGCACUUGUUCGUGUAGUCUAUUGUGUUGUCACUCACGCCUUCGGAAAACUAAAGAUGAGGCAGUGGAAAGCAUGGGAGGAUGAAACAAAGACGGUUGAUGAGUACCGAUACUGUAAUAAUCCGAAGAGAGUGAGAUUUGCAAAGGAGACCUCGUUUGGACGUAGCCGCUCGCCUCUUCUUCUCUGGAUAGUGUGUUUCUUCAGGCAGUUCUACCCAGCAGUUGCAAAAGUGGACUACUUAGCACUUAGACAUGACUUUGCAAAAGAACAUGUAUCGCCUCAAGUCAAGGAAUCAUUCGAUUUCCAAAAAUACAUCAACAGAGCACUUGAAGAAGAUUUCAAAGUCAUUGUGGGAAUAAGUCCUGCAUCAUGGUUCGGUGUUGUCUUGUUACUCCUCACCAACACCAAUGGGUGGUACUCGUACUUUUGGCUGCCAUUCAUCUCGCUAAUUAUAAUACUGUUAGUAGGAGCGAAAUUGCAAGUGAUCAUCACAAAAUUCCAAGGCAACCUUUUAGUUCGUCCCACCAAAGAUCUUUUCUGGUUUUGUCGCCCUCAACUUCUCCUUUUCCUCAUCCGCUUUGUUCUUUUUGAGAUUGCUCUACUGGCUUGGAGUUGGUAUAAAUUUGGAUAUGCAUCUUGCUUCCAUGAGAAUCUUGAGGAUUUGAUCAUACCUAGUGUGAUGGGUGUCGUGAUACAAGUUUUGUGCAGCUAUGUCACACUUCCUCUCUACUCUUUAGUCACUCAGAUGGGAUCAAAUAUGAAUCCAGUCAUUUUCAGCGAUGACGUGGCAUUGGGGUGGCCGCCAGUCAACGGAGAGUCGAACACGGAGAUGCAUGGUGGCGGGAGAAGACAGACGGCCUCUCCCUACCACCGUGAGAAAAAAAGAGACUUCAGUUAUUGAGAUGGAAAGGGAUGUUUGAUAACUCCCGGUCCUUAAUCAAUUAAAUUGGUUGUCAACAUUAUGAUUUUUGUUGAAUUGGUCUUAAACAGUAUACUAUCAACUAAGCAAAAAUAGACCAAUUUUGAAA